UGUUUUUGGUCAGACCAGAUGCAUUGUGGGAGCAGGUUGUGUAAACCAAAAUGUCAGCCUCAAGUUACAACAGUUUUUGGCGCACUGGCUGGGAUGUUUUGCGGGUUCCGAUAGCCAAAAUCAGCCUAGCAGUUGCACUAUCUAAUUUCCCGUCGAGGUGCAGUGCCAGGGCAUAUGGCACAGGCGGCACCACGUUUGGAUCCAAACUCAUCUCCACUCUUCCCCUGCGCGCAACCAACAGGCGCGUCUUUGGGUUCGCUUUUUUGUUCGGAGGGGGAGUCGGCUUGUAUCAAACCAUACAAUUCUCAUUUCAACAGCAUUUUGCAGAGGAUGAAUUGCCCAAUCUCCCCAAUCUCCAAUAUAGCAUCCCCACAAACCACGGCUCUGACCUGACGUUUGCCACAGACUUAACGUUUACCUUAUACCAGUACAAGACCUGUCCAUACUGCAGCAAAGUGCGGGCAUUCCUCGACUACUAUGGUUUUCCAUAUAAGGUUGUGGAAGUCAACCCUGUCAUGCACACGGAGAUCAAAUGGUCAUCGGAGUACCAAACGGUGCCCAUUCUUAUGGUGGAGGGGAAAGAAAUUGUGCAACUGAACAACUCAUCUGUCAUUAUCAGUGCAAUGAAGACGUGCAUGAUUGACAAAGAAAGAACGAUGUCAGAGGUUGUAAAGUACUUUCCGAGACUCCCGUCUACCAAUGCCUGGGGGAAUGAAGUUCUGGAGUACACUAACAAAUACUGGGUGAUGUUGAAUGAGAUUAAGAUCACUGAGGUGUACACAUCUAAAAAUGCCAGAAAGGAGGAGGUACGAUGGCGUCAGUGGGCUGAUGACUGGCUAGUGAACCGGAUAAAGCCUAAUGUGUACAGGACUCCCGCUGAGGCCUUAGCCACCUAUGACCACAUAGUGCGUGAGGGCAACUUUGAUUCUGUUCCUUUUGCCAAGUAUGGAGGGGCCUUCUAUAUGUUCUGGGCCUCCAAGGUCCUGAAAAUCUGGUACAAGUUACAGGACGAUGUAAGGGAAGAUUUGUACAUGGCUGUGAAUGAGUGGAUAACAGCUAUUGGGAGGAAGAGGAAAUUCAUGGGUGGUGACAAACCCAACCUCGCUGAUCUGGCGGUGUAUGGAGUCCUCCGAUCCAUGGAGGACCUGGAGGCCUUUUACGAUGUGAUGGAAAACACCAAGGUGAAGAAGUGGUAUCUGGCCACAGAGAAACAAGUGAAGGAGCAAGGUGGUCGGAACCUAUGAAGAAAACCACUGCAGAACUAUCAUGGCAUAACUGAGUUCUAGGUUGCUGAUUCAGGCUACCACUGCACAUAGAACAUCUGGAUGCAAAGGUUCUCUACCAGUCAGCACACUUUCAUAACAUGACGGUUUUAUAUGUGAAUGAACGGACAGUCUACCAUGUUUCAUGUUCUCUGUACAAUCAAAGCCUCUUUCAAAUAUCUUUAUGGAUACAGUCUUAGUUUCCCAGAGAAAAGGUAGCUCAAUAGUCAUUUUAUGUAUGUAUUAAAAUAAAUGUGUGUAAAUAUAUGACUAUUUAACAGUUAAUGUAUUGCAGUAAUAGACUGUUAUUCACUCUUUGUGAAUCUGCGAAGUAGACCACUAAGCAUGUUUAAUUAUUUUAUCCGUAUGCAUACCUGCAAUUUCACUCGUUUUAUUUGCUGGUGUUGUAUUACCCUGGCACUUCGUUGGUCAAGCUGUGUCAUAGGCCAGAUAUUUUAUACACACAGUCGUGGCCAAAAGUUUUGAGAAUGACACAAAUGUUAAUUUCCACAAGUUUUCUGCUUUAGUGUGUUUAGAUAUUUUUGUCAGAUGUUUCUAUGGAAUACUGAAGUAUAGUUACAAGCAUUUCAUAAGUGUCAAAGGCUUUUAUUGACAAUUACAUGAAGUUGAUGCAAAGAGUCAAUAUUUGCAGUGUUGACCCUUCUUUUUCAAGACCUCUGCAAUCUGCCCUGGCAUGCUGUCAAUUAACUUCUGGGCCAGCCCAUUGGCAGCCCAUUGCAUAAUCAAUGCUUGGAGUUUGUCUGAAUUUGGGUGUUUGUUUGUCCACCUGCCUCUUGAGGAUUGACCACAAGUUCUAAAUGGGAUUAAAGUCUGGGGAGUUUCCUGGCCAUGGACCUAAAGUAUUGUUGUUUUGUUCCCCGAGCCACUUAGUUAUCACUUUUGCCUUAUGGCAAGGUGCUCCAUCAUGCUGGAAAAGGCAUUGUUCGUCACCAAACUGUUCCUGGAUGGUUGGGAGAAGUUGCUCUCGGAGGAUGUGUUGGUACCAUUCUUUAUUCAUGGCUGUGUUUUUAGGCAAAAUUGUGAGUGAGCCCACUCCCUUGGCUGAGAAGCAACCCCACACAUGAAGGGUCUCAGGAUGCUUUACUGUUGGCAUGACACAGGACUGAUGGUAGCGCUCACCUUGUCUUCUCCGGACAAGCUUUUUUUUUCUUGACACCAGGCCAUCCUCAAAGUCUUCGCUUCACUGUGUGUGCAGAUGCACUCACACCUGCCUGCUGCCAUUCCUGAGCAAUCUCUGUACUGGUGGUGCCCCGAUCCCGCAGCUGAAUCAACAUUAGGAGAUGGUCCUGGCGCUUGCUGGACUUUCUUGGGCGCCCUGAAGCCUUCUUCACAACAAUUGAACCGCUCUCGAUGAUCCGAUAAAUGGUUGAUUUAGGUGCAAUCUUACUGGUAGCAAUAUCCUUGCCUGUGAAGCCCUUUUUGUGCAAAGCAAGGAUGACGGCAUGUGUUUCCUUGCAGGUAACCAUUGUUGACAGAGGAAGAACAAUGAUUCCAAGCACCACCCUCCUUUUGAAGCUUCCAGUCUGUUAUUCGAACUCAAUCAGUAUGACAGAGUGAUCUCCAGCCUUGUCCUCGUCAACACUCACACCUGUGUUAACGAGAGAAUCACUGACAUGUCAGCUGGUCCUUUUGUGGCAGGGCUGAAAUCCAGUGGACAUGUUUUUUGGGUAUUCAGUUCAUUUGCAUGGCAAAGAGGGACUUUGCAAUUAAUUGCAAUUCAUCUGGUCACUCUUCAUAACAUUCUGGAGUUUAUGUAAAUUGUGAAAAUUAAUAUUUGUGUCAUACUCUAAAUAUUUAGCCACGACUAGUUGCUCAGGUACAAGUCAAAUCUCUGAUUAAAGUGUGGCAUUACAACAAUAGAAGAGUUGAUUUCAGCACAUAGUGUGGGACAAGGCUUGGUAGAAGUUGCGCCUCACCACUGUUAAAGGGGCCGACUCCCUCUAGAAUUGGGGAUAGAGCCAUCUGAACCUAGAUCUGUUGCACAGGAGGCUGCUGAGGGGAGGACAGCUCAUAAUAAUGUCUGGAACGGAGCAAAUGUAAUGGCGUCAAACACAUGGAAACCAUGUGUUUGAUGUAUUUGAUACCAUUCCACUAAUUCCGCACCAGCCAUUACCACAAGACCAUCCUCCCCAAUUAUAGUGCAACCUACCUUCUGUGAUCUUUAACCAUUAUUCCUGCAAUUUUUUUUAUUAUGGCCAACAGUGGGGGGUAAUAGUUGGACCUAUUCUGUUAUGGGUAAAACUGGACAAAUUGAGAGAAAAAAAACUAUUUAAAGUAGGCUACUGUAGCUUAAGUGCGGAGGGAAUUAGAUUAAAUUGUAGUAAUAUAACCUGUGCCUACAUGGUGAGGAUAUAAGACCACGCAGUCACAUGUGCUGCAAUGGCUAGCAUCUACCGCCAUGUUGAUCAUGCCUUCUUCCAAUACUGGAUUUUAUUCACAUUUGAUACAAAAUGUUGCAUCACAGAUGUACACAAACUGUAGCAUAAUUAUCUGGUUAACUGUACUGAGAUUAUGAUUGAAGAAUUGGCUAGAUCAAGGCCCUUUAUAACAAGGUAUUUAUCUGAAGCAACCAACAUGGCCUUAGUAUUGGGACCAUCUCAUGUCAAAUGUCAAACUCUUAAGGGUGCUAAUAAAGCAUUUCAAUUGUAAUUAAUGACAUGAAGAUUGGAGAAUAAGCCUAAUGUAAAAUAAUAAAAAAAGAAAUACAUUACGAUAAUUGUAAA